AUCUAAACGCCAGGGAAGAAUUGUUCUUAUUGAUCAAACUGCCCCAUUCUCAAGGGUUUCCCUUCUUUCUUCAUAGUGGUUGACACUAACACUGAUUUGACAUCGGAGUUCUAUACUUUGUGGCAGCACCGAGUACAUGUACCAUGUAGGCUUCAUUCAAAUUUUAUUAUUUUUGCUGCAGAUCGCAAAAAGGUUCUUGCAAUCAAGAGCUUAUUGCAUCUUUGCAAUUUAAACAAGACUUUAUUACUCUUGGCUAUGUCCUCUACUAGGCCUCUAGAUCGAAUGUCGCUCCACACAGUCUCGCAGCUCGUCGGUCGUUGGUCCGGAUUACGCUAGAUAUCUUAUCAGAUCAUCUGAUAAUAAAAAAUUUAGAUCCCGUCACUCAUCUACUUCGGUUUUCAGCAAAGUUUUCGAAUAUCCACUUUCCGACCUAAUCGGCAGCUUUGGACGAGGUCGUUGAUUUCUUUUCUCACGUGUUGACAUAGCUCCCACCGUUUACCUACAAAAAUAAACCCGUGUCUCAAGAGGUCUUUUCCAAUCUUCCACCCUUUUUGGCUGAUAAUCUCGAUCAGUAGGAAGAUGGCGAUUCCCCUAUCACCCUUUCACAUUUUAUCGGCGCUGCUUCUGGCAUUCUCACUUCUCACAGAAGCGGCAACUGUUACUUAUGACUUCAAUAUCACUUGGGUUAGAGCAAACCCGGAUGGCGCCUAUGAACGUCCAACCAUUGGCAUCAAUGGGAAAUGGCCAUUACCUGUCAUGAGGGCAAACGUUGGUGACCAAGUAAUUGUUAAUGUUGACAAUCAACUUGGCAACCAAACCACAACCCUUCAUUUCCACGGUCUUUUCAUGAAUGGCACUAAUCACAUGGAUGGUCCUGCACAAGUAACUCAAUGCGGUAUUCCAUCUGGCUCAAGAUUCGUCUACAAUUUUACGGUAAGUCAAUCGAAAUGCCAAUGACCAUCCACUGAAUCAAUUUUAGGCUGACCAGCCUGGGACUUAUUGGUACCAUUCUCACGACAAGGGCCAAUACCCAGAUGGACUCAGAGCGCCAUUCAUAAUCACGGAUCCAGACUUUCCAUAUGCGGAUGAGGUCGACGAGGAAGUCGUUCUCUCAGUCUCAGACUGGUACCACAAAGAGAUGCAGGUAUGGAUUCCUAAGUUCCUUGGGGUUGAAAAUCCAACCGGAGCAGAACCCGUCCCACAAGCUGUUCUUCUCAACGACACUCAAAACAUCACUGUCUCAGUAAAACCUGGUACGACGUACCUUUUCCGCGUGGUCAACAUUGGUGCUUUUGCUGGCCAGUACAUCUGGUUCGAAGGCCAUAACAUAACUAUCGUAGAAGUAGAUGGCGUCUGGACUAAAAAGGCCGAGGCAGAAUCUAUCUAUGUCGCUGCAGCUCAGCGAUAUAGCUUUUUGCUCACUACCAAGAAUGACACCUCAGCGAAUUUUGCUUUUGUUACAAGCAUGGAUACAGUAAGUAAAAUCUAUCUCAAGGGGAACAUUUUUUACUGAAACAUUUUAGUCCCUGUUUGACGUACUGCCUGACGACUUGAAUUGGAAUGGAACGGGGUGGCUCGUCUACGACGAUACUAAAGCUCUACCAGACGCCGCAUUUGUCGAUGAAUACAAUGAUUUUGACGAUUUCAAUCUCGUACCUUAUGAUGAAAUGCCUUUACUUCAGGAACCUCAUCAGACAAUCAGUUUCGAUGUGGUCAUGGAUGUGCUCGGAAAUGGUAAACCAUAGUAAGUGAUACUUCCAUAUUGAUACACCACAGUGCUGAGCCUUAGAAGUGCAUUUUUCAACAACAUUACAUAUGUCUCCCCAAAGGUCCCUACACUAUACACAAUUAUGUCUGCCGGAGAUAAUGCUGCUGACGCUGCCGUUUAUGGAGAGUUUACCCAUUCUUUUGUUCUUGACUACGAGCAAACGAUCGAAAUCGUUGUAAAUAAUCUUGGUAAGCACAAAUCUAUAAUCGUCGAAACCAACCACAUAACCUCCGCCCUAUUGCUACGAAAUAUACCCCUAAGAUAUUUUCUAACGCCCUCAGACUCUGGCAAGCAUCCUUUCCAUCUUCACGGCCAUAACUUCCAGGUAAUCCAGCGCUCCGACGAAGAUGCGGGCAUAUUUGACUCCACCAACACCACCCAAACGACAUACCCGUCCACUCCCAUGCGCCGCGAUACAGUCGUCCUUCGUCCAUCUGGUCAUCUCGUCCUCCGUUUCAAAUCCGACAAUCCGGGCGCCUGGCUCUUCCACUGCCACAUUGAAUGGCACGUCGACCAGGGACUCAUAGCAACAAUGAUCGAGGCGCCUCUCCAACUCCAAAAAUCUCUCACUAUUCCCGCGAACCACAUUGCUGCUUGCGAAGCCCGUGGCAUACCAUACACAGGUAACGCGGCGGCUAAUACGGUGGAUUUUUUGGAUUUGAAGGGUGCUAAUGUGGCGCCGAGACCGUUGCCCGCGGGUUUCACGGCGAGGGGUAUCGUGGCCUUGUUGUUUAGUUGUCUGGCGGCAUUGUUGGGAUUGGCUACUAUUACGUGGUAUGGUUUGGCGGAGAUGGGGGAUGCGGAUAAAGAGGCUGAGAAGAAGAGAUUAGAAGGGGAAGGGAGUGGAAGUGGAAGUGGAAAUCGUGAAGCGGUGUUUGUUCCGGAGGUUGUUCCUGUGAAGCAAUAAGAUGGCUGAUGGAAUUCUAACUGUCUUUUUAUUUUCAAAUGCGUGGAGAAGAUGCUACAUGCCUGAUGCUGAUAUCGUGGAGGUUACGAGAAAACGAAGCGUAAAAAAUACAUAUGAUGAAAUGAUAAUACCCCUGCUAAUUUUAAUGAU